AGCAAUGUUUUCCAACACUGUCACCCCCUCUCCAAGCAAAUAAAAAUCCAGGUGAAUGUGUGUAAUUUGUUUACACACUACCGCAAUCUCUCUGCAAUAACAAAACACUCCGUGCGCCUGUUUUAUUUUCCUGUUAUCAAUCACACUCGGAAAAGUUGGCGACCGAUUUGGUGGGCAUUACGACCGGAUAAACCCAAUUAAUUUUCGAAAUAAUGUCGACGAACCUAAGACUCGACCGGCAACCGUCAGAGAACGUGGAGAUCACCAUGGGCAGAUCCGGCGGCGGAGCUGGAGACGGAAUCCAGGAGAGGUUGCCGCCCAUCAGCGUCGAAGCACAGCGUUUUCCGUUUUGCAUCGUGUGGACUCCCAUUCCCGUGCUCACCUGGAUUUUCCCGAUGAUCGGUCACAUGGGCAUAUGUACGUCAGCAGGCGUGAUCCGCGACUUUGCUGGAGCCUACUUUGUUUCUGAGGACAAUAUGGCCUUUGGAAAGCCCACCCGCUAUCUGCAAUUGCAUCCGAAGUAUGUGGAAGGGGGCAGCGACGCCUGGGAUGAGGCGGUGUCGAAAGCUUCCGUGCUCUAUGGCACUCGUAUUCAUAAUAUUUUCUGCGACAACUGUCACUCACAUGUCGGCACUGCCCUGUCUUACAUGAGGUACAAGGACAGCACUUCCUGGAAUAUGGUGAUACUGAGCAUGUGGCUUUUUGGCUGUGGUCGGUACGUUGGGAUUUCGGGCUUCCUCAAGACCUGGUUGCCGUUUGCUAUUCUAGUCACCAUUUGCGUCCUAUUGGGCGUCUACUUUUAGUUUCUAAAAUCACUAAUGUAUUUGUCAUCUAGUUUCAAUUAAUGUAAACAAACUCACUCUUAUUAUACAUAUAUUAUGUUGUAAAGCUUAAUUCCAGACGCGUAUAAGGAAUCACUUGCUAAAUUAAAUAAAAAAAGAGCUAAGAGAAGAUUGCAGUUCAUUCUAAAAAUA